CACUGGCUCGACGGAGGUUGUCACAGCUGGGUAGUUGGCUCGCUACAAGUUAAGCAACAGGGGCUGUCGGGAGCGAGCAAGUUGCUGCAUGGAUUUCUCGGAGCUCCGCGGAACUUACGGUUAAGUUUGCACCCAAACGAGUUGUUAGCGCGAUUCUGUCUGUGUUCAGUAAGGCGUUCGUGUGUGAUACACAUCUAUCACGUGUCGGCUGCUCUAUGUGCUGAAACGUAUUCUUUGUAUGUGGCUGCCUUGCAACGUUGUUCACCGCGUCGAAACGGCAGACAGCGGCUUUAAAAUUUGACCCAAGCGUCCCCGAGUCGUACCACGCCGGACACCGUGAUACAGCUGACCUGGAAACGGAGAUCCAGAAUGCUGAGAAGAGGAUGAAUCCUCCAGGUCAUCUGAGACAUCAAAGUGUCUUUGCUGCUGUCCCUUUGCGACAGUCCUCGGGUCCAACCGGGGCACCAUCUGCUUCCCCUCAUCCCCCCCUUUGUCCCUAUCCAGAUCCUUCCCCCCUUCCCUGCCCCCAGUAGUGACCAUCCCAGAGGGAAGGAAAGGCGACCCAGCCUCUGUAAAUAUGCCUGGAUGGAGGUCUCAUUGGCGUCUUGUUCUCCUGAACUCCCUGACCUGUGGCCUGGAGAUCUGUGUGGCAGCUGGGAUCACAUACGUUCCUCCACUGCUGCUGGAGGCUGGAGUAGAAGAGCGGUACAUGACCAUGGUGCUAGGCAUCGGGCCAGUGCUUGGCCUGUUGUUCAUCCCCCUGAUCGGCUCAGCCAGUGACCAGUGCAACAGCAGUUACGGCAGGAGGCGGCCUUUCAUCUGGCUGUUGUCGAUGGGAGUCCUUCUGGCGCUUUUCAUUAUUCCCCACGCUGACGUCCUGGCAGCCCGCGUUGCAUGGGGUGGCCGCACGCUCCAGGUGGGCUUCCUGAUCCUUGGUGUUGGGCUCCUUGACUUCUGUGGACAAGUUUGCUUCACACCGCUGGAGGCUCUUCUGUCAGAUUUGUAUCGGGAUGAGGAGGACUGCAGCCAAGCCUUUGCCAUGUUCUCCUUCAUGGUGAGCUUGGGAGGCUGUGUGGGUUAUUUGCUACCUGCACUGGACUGGAGUCACGGCCUCCUCUCUGUUUACUUGGGAGGCCAAGCAGAGUGCCUCUUUUCCCUCCUCAUCCUCAUCUUCAUCUCCAGUGUGCUAAUCACCAUGAAGGUGUCCGAGGAACCCUCUUGUGCCAACAGCGGCGCGGGAGAGUCGGGAUCUCUACUGGAGCCGGGGACCGGUGUGAUGGAGGCCGGCCGGUGUGGCGUGCCACGCUCGUGCUGCUACCUGCUGAAGUGCAAGCUGAGGCUCCUCAAGUCUGGACCCCUGAUGUGCUUACUGAGGACAUGCUGGUCCAUGACGCCGGCCAUUUACAGGAGCUACUGCCACGUUCCACGGGUGAUGAGGCAGCUGUGCGUGGCUCAGCUCUGCAGCUGGAUGGCUGUCAUGUCUUUUAUGCUUUUCUACACAGACUUUGUGGGUGAAGGCCUUUAUGAGGGCGUGCCCAGUGCAUUACCAGGGAGUGUGUCCAAACAAAGAUAUGAUGAAGGAAUCCGUAUGGGCAGCAUGGGCCUGUUCCUGCAGUGUGCUACCUCAACCUUUUUCUCUCUGGUUAUGAGUCGUUUGGUUCGGCAUUUGGGAUCCCGGUGGGUUUACCUGAGCAGCAUGGUGAGCUUCACAGUCUCCGCUUUGGUCAUCUGCCUGUCCAAAAGCGUCGUCUUGGUCACUGUAAUGGCAGCUCUCACUGGCUAUGCAUACGCGACACUGCAGACCCUCCCUUACACACUCACCUGCCAUUACCACAAGGAGAUAGAGGUCUACAUGCCAAAAAGAAUAACCAAAAGCAGACAUAAAAACGGUGUAACAGCCAUGCGGGACUCUGUGUAUUUGACUCCUGUGGAAGAGGAGGGUGGACUGAACCACCAAACGGGGCCUCCUUACAGGCACGCCUUGUUCAGCCAGGACAGUUACGAGUACUACCCCGGCCCGCAAAGCCAAAACGGUUCGUCUCACAGCGCCAACGCCCCCGAGCAGGACGAAGCCGAGUCGGGCUUUGAGAAACGCGGUGUGGGCUUGGACUUUGCCAUCUUAGACAGCACCUUUCUCCUCUCUCAGGUUUUCCCCACCCUCUUCAUGGGCAUGAUUGUUCAGUUUGCUCAGUCCGUCACUGCCUAUAUCGCUUGCUCUGCCAUCUUUGGAGCUGUCGCCAUCUACCUGGCCAGUCAGAUUGUCUUUGACCAAAAGGACCUCAGAAACUGAGUGAUGAGAUCGCCAAUAAUCAACCCUUCAGGUUCCAAGAGUGGUACUCGCUGAACUACUGUUCCCAGAAAGCCUUUUGCUAGUAACAUUUUUUUGCUUUCAGCGACACUCUGCAUUAAGGUAUAUCUGUUAGCGUGUGGCGUGUGAAACUGGCUUACCGAAGAUAAAGUCAGGAGCCGUUUGCCGUGUUAUAGCAGGAAUUAUCUGCUACCAGAAGAGUCACCACCUGCUCAGGUCCGAUGAGGUACAGUGUGUACUGAAACAUAUUGAAUUCAACAGACGUGUCUCUUUAAAACUGUCACAGCAUAAUUUCUGUCCACCUUUUUCCUCAGGUACCUUCAAACAGAUUUACUGUACAACCCGUCAACCUCGAAUACACCAACUAACUUUUCUGAAUCGUAUUUUUUAAUUAUCUUAAGCUACGGUUUUACACAGUGCAGUCGGUUUUUGUCUUUGCUCACUCGUCUUCACUGUCACUAAGGCAUUUUCCAUAAUGGUCAUCUUACAUAAUGACAUUUAAAAUUAAAUUAGGUGAGCGUGGGGAGUCGUCAAUCUAAUGCAAGAUGGCAGAACAGACAAAUUGGUUUCUUCAGAAAUAUGCUACUUUAUUCAUUCAUUUGAGAGCCUCCAGAGAUGGUCUUGCCAACUCUGUAUGAUCUCUUAUUAGACCGUCCCUUCCUGCUAAAUGUCAUCAUCUUUCUACUUUAUAAUCGACCUUUUUUCUGUCAAAUGUGCUUUCGUCAUUACACUUGUCUAGUCUCCACCAUAAGUAAACUAACUCCAUACGUGGGUGGGGUACAUAUGGGGAUGUGGUAGUUCUGUUGGGCCAUCAGUAUCCAUUUCUCCUCCUGGGAUUGGUCACGUCCAGGAGGACGAUGGCAUGUGGGAGUCACCGAAAGGUGAAAAUGUGACUCAUUUUCUUCAGUCACAGCAUCUCAUCCUUAUUUAACACCUAUGGGAAAUUUUGUACCAGUGGUAGACGGCAAUCGCGUGCACCGUCAGGGUGUUUCAUUCCUGCUGUAUAUUUCCAAAGAUUUGGAGCGGCAAUGCCAAGGCCUGUUCUGGCCCAAAGCCUUAUUAGGAGACCUUUUUUUCUUUCAGCAGUCAGUGAGCUAUACUCUGAGUCUCCUCUUAUCCCUCCCUUCCACGUCUAGUGCCAUCUUUUAGUGCUGUUUACUGCGAAUAUUUGGAUACAUUUUUACUGUAUAAUCCCUAUGGGAAUUUGUUAUGCAACGUGCUGAAGUGAAGUUUCUGACUGUGAUGAUUUAGCAAUUAGGCUGUUCAGCUGAAUGGGAAUAUCGCAUCAAAUGUCCUUUGUGUAGAUAAUCAAGAGAGGUAAUCUAGACUAGUGGACUGCUUAUCCUGUCGAGUAAUAAUAACACACUUUCAACGUUGCCUAAGCCCCGUUUAAGUUUUU